AUGCAGAGUCACCUAAACCAGGUCAUCGUCGGGUUGCUCGUUUUUCUAUUCACCUUAUGCAUCGCGUCAACAAUCGUGUACGAGGCAGGUGAUGGGACCAUCUCCGAGCACACUGGCGACAACGACCACCCCUUCAUCAUGUUCUUCAAGUUCACCAUCAUUUUCUACCACAUAGUGCCGCUCAGCCUGUACGUGGUGUACGAGAUGCUGAAGCUGUUCCUCGGCUACCUCCUGGCGUCCGAUAAGCAGAUGAUCGACCCCGACACCGGCGAGGGCGCGGUCCCGCGGACCGCGGACCUCAUGGAGGAGAUGGGGCAGAUCAGCUUCAUAUUCUCCGACAAGACCGGCACCCUGACCCGCAAUGAAAUGGUCUUCGCGCAAUGCGACAUCAACGGCCUCAACAUGGGCGAGUUCCGGGGCGACUCCGCGGAGGGGCUUGAGAGGGUGAGGCGCGUGAUCGACACAGGUCUGGUGGAGGGGUCGCCGCGCACCCAGAUGCAGAAGAAGCUGACGGGCAUGGGGAGCGAGGCCAGUGCAGGUGUAGACAUUGACGAAGCGGCCGAGAUGGUCAGUCGGGGACCAGGAGCUGAAGAACAGACUUUCACCAACGUGGUGGACUUCUUCACCUGUCUCGCGGUCUGCCACAGCGUCGUGAAGCAGCGGGUGAAUCCCAAACCGGCCGCGGAGCCCGCCAGCACGGGAGAGGCUCCCGCGGCGGAUUGUCUCGGACCCACUGAGCAAUAUUCUGGGGCAUCGCCAGACGAGGUGGCGCUGGUGUACGCGGCCGCCAAGGUGGGGAUCGUGUUCAAGGGGCGCAAGCGCAAGUACGCGGGCUCCUCGUCCGAGCUGGUCGUGCACGGGCCGGGAGACAGGCAGCGCACCUUCGUGCAGCUCUUCGAGUUGCCCUUCAGCUCGGACCGCAAGCGUAGCUCUGUGAUCGUAAGGCACAGGAGCGACAUCUGGUGCAUCACGAAAGGGGCGGACACGGUCAUGGAGCCGCUGUUGCGGGAUCCGCUCUCCGCCGGCAGCCAGAGGAACCUGACCGCCUACGCCUCGAAGGGCCUCCGCACGCUCAUCGUCGCGAUGAAAAAGGUGAGUGAGGAGGAGUUUGCCGAGUGGAGCAGGGACUACAUCGCGGCCCGGGAGGUUAUCGAUACCACCAAGGAGAGUCCGGCAUGGCAGAGGUGGCCGCGAGGAUGGAGCAGGGCAUGA